UUCGAAAAUGACAAGUACAAAUGAUUCUGUGGGACGAGAAAACGCGAGGUUAUCAAGGAACAGAAAAAAAGUUUCUUUCGUGGUUACAGUUCUCACUCUUAUUUGUUUCGCUGGAAGCCUUAUUCUGUUCGUAUUCGCCAUUUUCGAUCUGUCCUAUAAAAACUCAACUGUUAGAUUUGCAAUCAUUGCCUCAGUACUCCUGGUUGUUGGAUUAGCAUUGAUAGUGUUGGUACGACCCAAGAGACUAUCAAAUGAUUCUCAGGCUACGAUCUCGACGAUUCCUGUGGAAGUUUUGGCGACUUCUCCUGCUCCUAUUCUUCCUCACAGCAAUAUUCCUCGCCGUCUUCUGUCUCUUAGGGCCUCUUCGAUGGACUUGCCAGAUUAUUUUACUGCUGUCCAGAAUAUUGAUGGAAUAUAUUUAUCCGAGGAAGAUGCAGUUUGGAGAAAAAGGUUUCCAGAAACUCCACCACCAUGUUACGAUGAUGCUCUCAAACUGGCUUUUAUAACCGGUGAGGAAAGCUCGCCGAUGUCUUUAGUAGAAUUUAGAGGUGGAGAGGAAACAACACUCUGAUAAAUUUUCUUCGUAGAAAUUUAACCACAACGCAUAUAUCUAAUUAGCAUGUCAAAAGUUCCGAGCAAGACUACUUUUAUCAAGCUCAUGAAGCAGUUUGUCACUACGAAUCUCACAUGCUACUGCUAGUAAUAGUUUAAACCACUGAAACGUUUUGAAGGUUUAAGAGAUCUGAACCUUGUUUUAAUAUUACCUCACGUUAAGUUGGGUCGUUUCUAGGGGAAAAGUUUUAAACGAUUUUCCUCCGUUCAAGCUAGGAAGCCAUUUGAAUAUAUUAUAAUGAAUUAUAUAACAGAUAUUACACUACAGUGAUAGGUUUACCCACAAUAGUAAUACGUUUGUGCUAUGCAUGGUUUUGCU